AAACUGACUCACCGUUUGACGUGUGGAUUUCGGCCAUUGUGUAGCAGCCGAAUAAAAUUUAUGUUUAUUUGCGUCAUAGGCAGUUUUGUGAAACACUAAAACAAUGGUUUGUGGGGGGUUUGGUUGUUCCAAGAAUGCGCUAAUUACACUGAAUGUAUUGUACAUAAUAAUCUCAAUAAUCCUUAUUGGUGUGGCAGCGUAUUCACGCCUGGCGGCCAUUGUUGUCAGUCUUGGUCUGAUUGGUGGAAUUAUUGCAUGUGGUGUUUUCCUGUUUUUCAUUGCAUUGGUUGGGCUGAUUGGAGCUGUGAGACAUCACCAAGUGUUGCUCUUCUUUUACAUGAUCAUUCUGUUUCUGUUGUUCUUGUUGCAAUUUUCUCUUGGCUGUGCUUGUUUGGCUGUGAACCGGGAACAGGAGAUCAGUCUUGUACGAAAUGGAUGGCGCGCAGCAGACAUGACUUUUAAAGAUACCAUACAGAACAAAUUAAUUUGCUGUGGAUUUGAAGAUGUAACUUUAAACAAAACAGACCCACUUGGCCAUCCAUCCUGUGAUGCAGUAUCAUGUUGUACACAUGACAAUACAGAUGCACCUUGUUGUAAAGGUGAGGCAAGUGGUGUCACAGAUGAUCCAGUGAAAUGUCCAUGUCCAACAUGCUUAGAAAAGUUUAAGCCUAGAAUACACGAUGCAUUUUCAAUAACUGGUGGAGUUGGCUUGUUUUUUAGCUUUACAGAAAUCAUUGGAGUUUGGGUUACGAUUCGCUACCGUAACCAGAAAGAUCCAAGAGCUAAUCCGAGUUCAUUCCUCUAAUACUAACACAUUCAAUAGAUAUUAGGUGUAUGGCUGGCACUGAGAUACAGAAACCAAAAAGAUCCAGAAGCAAAUCCAAAUGCAUUCUUGUAACAGAGACUACAAUAGACAGUUGUCAUGUAUAUAUACAAAAUGUGUGAAUAGAUAGUCAUUUUAUCAUUACCGAGAAAAAAGGUUUUGUGCAACAAGCUUGUUGAAUUUGCAUUACCUUAGUGUAAAAGUAUUGUAAAUGUUUACAAAAAUAUCAGGCUCUCACACAAGCGGUUAAGGCACACCAGCAAGAAAUAUCCCAGAACCUUUAUUACACUCUUUCUCAGUGUUUGUUCUCAUUUCUAGUUAUCAUAAGCUUUCGGUAUUGAAUAGUACUCACUUAGCAUGUAGAAAAGAAUUCAUUAGCAAACUGAAAAUAUUUUGAGCAGUAAACAGAAAAUGUCCAUGGUAAUAUGCAGUUUUUCUGUGAAGGACCACUGUUGCCAUGUUAAGGUUGCUGUUUUUAGCUUGUUUAACCCUCAUGUGGGGGUGAAGAAUUUUUCAUGCGAGAAACCAUACAGCUUGCUUAUGAUUAGAAGGUUGAUGGUUCUGCCCAGGUGCCCGUGUGUGCCUGAAACAAUGUCCAGUGAGGAACUUGGUCCAAAAAAAUAAAAGAAAAACAUGUUCUGUGGUAAAGCCUGAAAAUACAAGCAAGGCAUGUACACUAUUUUUACACUAAGAUUUUGAAUUGUAUUUAUUUAGCUUACUCAAAAAUGUUAUUUUUAGCUCACAUAAGCACAAUAUGCUGCAGGUGAGCUGUUGUGAUCACCUUGUGUUUGACUUUUGUGUCUUCAAAAAUUAGAGGCAAUGUUUUUGCCUGACUUCAUGAAGCCUUAAUUGUCAGAAUGUAUUUUCUUAUGAAAACUAGGUAAAGCUAGUAACUGGUUAUCUUGCAUCUGAAAUUAGGUCACUCGGGUAAAUCCUAGGAAAACUUGGUUAAAUCUCCAGAGUUCAUAUUUUCGACCAGACAUACAUGAAUCAGAUCAGUAUGUUUGUCCUGGUGGAAUUUAGGUCAGACUGAGAACAUGGUCAUCUGGGGUAAACACCAGGCAAUAUGAGCAAUACAGGGCCUUAAUAGCCUUUUUGUAAAUUUUUCAGCCAUAUUCUCAUGUACAUCAACAGGUGUUUACAUUUCAUUUUGUAAUUAUUAUGAAGUAAAAUGUCCAUAAGGAAGGAAUUAUUAUUCAAAAUGCUGUUAGAUAUUUUUGUUCAUGUUGUUACUUUGAAGGAUCUGUUUUUAAUGCUUUGUCUGCUAUAUUUGCAGAAUUUCAUACAAGAAGAAAGCUGAUGUAUAUUUCAUUGUUAGAUAUUUAUAUAUGUAUUAUUUUAGGUUGUCAGGGUUUGAAUGUAAUAUGAAAUAUAAUAAUAGAAGUGUACUUGUUUAAUGUAAUUUACUUACUUACUUACUGUAGAGACCUGUUUUAUUACAAGACUACAAAAAAUGCUUUAAAACUGUUGAUACAGCUGUAAUCAGUGGUUUCAACUAUUUUGAUUUGUUUUGCCAGUAUAAACAAUGAUUUAUCAGAUGAUGAUAAAAUUUCAACAACUUGUUCAUAAGUUAAGAGCAUUUCCUUAUUGUCCUAGUGUAUGAAUAAUUCUAACAAGACUUGAUUCAUUUUCCUAUAAAACAAAGAAGGCUGAAAGUUGUGUGUUAUUUUACAACAAUUCACUGUUCUUACGUCAUAGUUAUUACAUCAUAGCGUCAAACGGCAUAGUGGCGCGUUGAAAAAGAAAUCGAAAAAAAAAAAGCAAAUAUUUGACGGACGUCUUCAAGGAUGUACUUAAAAAUCCUUGCUAACGUGUUAGAAUAGAAAUAAUAUAUCUCAUUUAGUGAUUUGCUCUUAAAUAAAAUCAUUGUCGUUCAGAUGUGUAUUAUUAUAUCACUCGGGCGCAAUUCCUUUGCACCUGAACUCCAAACAAUAAUUUUAUUCAACGACAAAUCACUGGAUUAGAUAUAUUAUUUCUUAAGUAACCACUAUCACCCAUGGACAAUAAAUCUUACUUUUUCAUAGGUAGCUAAGCCAGUCCUGAAAAUAAUUUAUCUGGUAUUCACCCAAUGAAAUAUAUUUAGACCUAACUAAAAACGAACGAAUUCCUCAUAUAGUAGAAGACAUUGUUGUAAUAUUUGCAAGUUAUUCAUGGUGCAUUGUAUGUUGUGUUUUCCUAUCCAGAUGAUAUGAUCUUGUGUGUGUAAAAUAUUUCUACAAAAAUUAAGUGCAAUAAAUUUUGCCAAAACUGUGCCAAGAAUAUAAAGUAUACCCAGAUAAUUUACAUAUAAUUGCAAGGACUUUUUUCCAGCAUUUUCCAAGUAUUUCAUACAGUGAACCAUGUACUGCUGGUGGGGGUUCAUUGUCUGAUGAACCACUGUGACCAUAUGCUUGGCAUUUUUUACAGACACAAAGAUUUAUUAUUCAUUUUAUUAGUUGAAUUGGAUACUUUGGUCAUCUUUUACAAAGUGUGAACUUUACUUAAGGUUUUAUGUGAAAAGAAUGCAUUUUGAUACAAUGUUAGGUUCCCUGCUACAACACAUAGGGCAAUUUUUACUUUAAAAAUGAAACAUGUUGACUUAAAAUACUGGAAAUUAAACAAUAUCUGUAUAUGUUCCUAAAAGGAAUGAUACGGUAUUACUGAACCUGUUUUUCAGUGAGAUAUAAAAAUAUAAUUUAUUUUGUUCAAAUUAAAAAUGGAGGUCUGUGCUCUCUACUCCUAGUGUGAACCCGCUAGAUGUUGUUUACAUCUUUGGGAACACUGAAAUUUUUUUUUUGCUAUCAUGUUAUUUACCCUUUAGUUUUUAAAUGUCAAAGUUAGACAGAUUCAGAUAGUAUUGAUCAGUAUAUAAAUAGUGAAUGCUAUAUAAAGAACAUUAGCAAAUCUUGUUACUGUCAAUAGUAUGUUUAUGAUUAUAUUUUAAAUGUGGGAGGGAAUUUAUCAUUUAAAUGUGUGGUGUCAGUUAUAUUAUAGUGUUCUUUUUUACAUUUUCCCUUGGUUAGUUUACAAUUGUUAAUUAUUAGUGUGUGUAUAUAUUUAUAAAAGUUGUUGUUGCUGUUGUAUAUAUAUAUAUAAUUCAGUUGUAUGUUGCUUUUUAAGUUGUGCAAGCAUUAAAAUUAUAAGCAUUAGCAAUACUCCCUUGUGUAAAUGGAAAAACUUGUUGAAAACAUCUAUACUGUGAAACAUCAUGGUAGUUUACAACAGUUUCUAACAGUAAAUGUCCCAGCUGACAAGUCAGUUUUUUUUAGGUCCACAUAGAAAUAAAUCUUGUCAUCAUGAACAAUGUGAAGUUAGGAGAACUAGUUUCACAACUUCCUUGCAAAUGAAUGCAGUAACAUAAAAUUAUAGUUAAAACUGUCACUCGGGGCCUCAAAAUUGUGCACUGUCCUGUCAAUCAGUAUAUCCCCUAAGUAUCAUGAGAAAAGCGAUAGUUGGUAGGGAUACAGUUUGAAUAGAGAUAUGAGUUUUUGUAUUUUAAUUUUUGAGAAUAAACUGAGUGGGAAGUCUAUAUGUUCAUUGGUACUAAAUUUCUUGGAUUUAUGUAACAAUGAAAUCCACAAAAAAUAGUCCCCACAAAUAUUAUUGAUGUAACAUGUACAAAACGACAAGUGUUGUGAAAAAUUUAUGUUGUAUGAUAUCAUCAUGUCUUACCUAGAACAUUUUUAGCUCGACUAUUCAAAGAAUAUUGGACUCGCCCCAUUUUGGUUAAGGUUUUGUAUGUAAGCUGGUAUCUCAGUAACCACUUGUGCGAACACAUUGAAACUUCACACACUUAUUCACUGUGAUAAACUGACUUACAUUGCAAUGGUUCCAUAACUCUGUUUUGCUUUUUUACAAAAUUAUGCCCCUUUUUCGACUUAGAAAUUCUUGGUUAAAGGUUUGUAUGAAAGCUGGUAUCUCAGUAAGCACUUGUGGGAAUGGAUUGAAACUUCACACACUUAUUCACUGUGAUAAACUGACCUACAUUGAACAGGUUCCAUAACUCUGUUUUGCUUUUUUUACAAAAUUAUGCCUCUUUUUUGACUUAUAAAUUCUUGGUUAAGGUUUUGUAUGUAAGCUGGUGUCUUGGUAACCACUUGUGGGAAUGGAUUGAAACUUCACACACUUAUUCACUGUGAUAAACUGACCUACACUGCUCAGGUUCCAUAACUCUUUUUUGCUUAUUUACAAAAUUAUGCCUUUUUUUUCGACUUAGAAAUUCUUUGUUAAGGUUUUAUAUGUAAGCUGGUAUCUCAGUUCUCACUAAUGGGAAUGGAUUGAAACUUCACACACUUGUUCACUGUCAUGAUUUGACAUGCACUAUGCAGGUCCCAUAACUCUAAUUUGCAUUUUUUCAGAAUUAUGCCCCUUUUUCUGACUUGUGUAUUCAUUCAAUUGACAAGGCUGUUGAAUAGUCGAGCGUUGCUGUCCCACGACAGCUCUUGUUAUUUAGGUUUUUGUAACUAUGGACCCUUAUACACGACAAUUAUCACAGACCCUCAACAUCUAUUACAUGCAUUGAAAAAAUACGCUAACAUUUCUUAAGUACUGUUCUACUUACUUUGUUUUAAUGAGCAAAAAUAUUUUCUUUUGUCUGUCUGUCAUAUUCAGUUAUCAUUCUCCAACUUCAUAAUUAUAUGUCUUUAGAGACAGUUGAGCCAGAGAUGUAAGCUUCACUUGCAGGAUUCCUGUGAAAGUUAACUAAGUGUGAAUUAGUUCUUGAUCUGGCAUAAUUUCAUGUUUUAUCUUACCAGUAGUUUGGAUCUGGCAAUUCCAUGACACUGCUUGUUGGUAAAAAAGCAAGCAAUGCCAAAAGCUUUUGUGAAAAUUUUGCACUUUCUGUCCAUAUUGAUAUGUUGUGUUGGAUAUAAUAUGUUGUAAAGCACAGGCAAAAGUCUUUAAACUGAUACAGUAAGUAGUCCAAUUUGUUGAGGCACACACAAAACUCGACAUGUCUGAGUAACACAUAAUUUAAAAGAAUUUAUCUGUGAAUCAACACCUAUUAUUCAUAAUGAUUAAGUAUCAGUUAUUGUACAAUGCUCCAUCCAUAUUCUGUUUUCUAAUACAUUAUAGCUUCAUUUCAAAGGAGAAACUAACACUUUAUUAUCUUGCCAUUUAAAUAUAUUCUAUAAAGAGAAAUAAAAAAAAAAGAGUUUAUGUUGAAGGUUGUGUGCCUGUUAUACAGCUAUAUAUAUGUAACUUUUAAAUGAGAAAAGUACAUGUUAAUUUUACUUAUAUUUAACAAUUUGUGUAUCCAAAAUUUCUGUUUCCAUAAAUAAAUUCAAAUGUUUUCAAAAACGGUUUUGUCCAUACUAUGGUCUGGUUUAAACUCUUAAUUGUCAGACAUAGUUAAAUAUUGUGUGUCUCAAGCACUAGAACUGUUCCUUCUUUAAGCGCUGUCUAAAUUUCAAAACAGCUUUUGAACUGUCUUACCCGACAUUUACUAGAAAUUUAAGUGUUGUCUUACUAGAAAAUAUAAGUGCAAUUUUUGUUUUUAAACCAUGAAUACAUUUAGAGCAAAUUUCACGAAGGACAAAAGAUACAGGGUGCCCAGUAAAGAUAGUAGUAAUAUCUUAAGCGUAACAGGGUUUCAUAAAAAGCUUAUAAUUAUGUAAUAGUAAAAAUCUUUUUAGUUCUCUGCUUUUCCCCAUUGUGUUUCUGAUUUGGUCACUUUUAAUGCACUUUUAUAAGGUAAUCAUUCCAAAUAAAUUCUCAUGAAAGAAUAAA